AUGUUCUUGAGGAGCCUCAACUGCAGAUAUUUCUUAGCCGCAAAGUUCACCCAGCGAGUCCUGGGUCUUUACCUGCCCGGAUCACCUGCCAGGCUCAACUCCCAGCACCUCCUAUUUGGACUAAAUCUCCCAACUGAAGAUGGGAACUGGAGACUGCAGCUCUCGUACUCAGAGCUGCAGCAGAAUGGCCGGAUCGUCACACUGCCCCUAGAGGCGGGAGACGUGCACUCCCUGUUGCCCGAAGAGGACGGGAAGAAACUGUUUGUAGGCAUGAAGGACACUCUGCUCUCCACCAACCUGGACGACAUCAGCCACGACCCACGCAAGCUUUUUUGGCCCGCAAGCCCAGACCGGGUUCAGGACUGUCUCAUGGCCGGAAAAGACCCUGAAAUGGAGUGUGGAAACUUCCUGCGAGUGCUUCAGCCGUUUAACCAGACUCACCUGUACGUGUGUGGGACGGGAGCCUUUAAUCCCAGAUGUGCUUAUAUUCACACUGGACUCUUCCAACAGUCAGAGCAGCAGGUCCUGUCCUACAGUCAGACUGAGUGUGGCAAAGGAAAGUGUCCAUAUGACCCUCUUCAGAAGACUGCCAGUGCUAUAGUGGAUGGGGAGCUGUAUGCAGGCAUCACCUCUGACUUCAUGAGCCGAGACUCCGCCUUCUUCCGUUCCCUUGGUAACCGUCGCGUUAUCCGCACCGAGCAGUACGACUCCAACUGGCUGCAAGAUGCUCAGUUCAUCCGUGUGUCUGCUCUGUCGGAGACUGAUAACCCGGAGGAUGAUAAGGUUUAUAUGUUCUUCACUGAGCGUGCUCAGGAGUCGGAGGGCUCAGAGGGAAAAGUCAUUUACUCCAGAGUCGCCCGUGUCUGCAAGAACGACAUAGGAGGUCAGAGGAGCUUAGUGAACAAGUGGAGCACAUUUCAGAAGUCCAGACUGGUGUGCUCUGUCCCAGGACCAGACGGGCUGCAGACACACUUCAACCAGCUGCAGGACAUCUUCAUUCUUCAUGGGAAGGACAAGAAGAACCCUCUCAUCUACGGUCUCUUCACCACUUCCAGUGACAUCCUGAACGGGUCGGCGGUCUGUGCAUACCGCAUGGAGGAUGUGGUUCGAGUUUUUAAAGGGAACUUCCUCCAUAAAGAAGGACCUCAGUACAAGUGGACAGAGUACACUGGACACAUACCAUACCCACGACCGGGGACUUGUCCGAGCAGCACGUAUGGGAGCUACAGUUCCACUCGAGAGUUUCCAGAUGACGUGAUCUUCUUCAGCCGCACACACCCUCUUCUCCAGGAAAAUGUGAUUCCCGUGGGAGAGCGCCCCCUGCUGUUCAGAGUAGGAGUCCAUUAUAAGUUCAGUAAGCUGGUGGUGGACAGAGUGGAGGCGGUGGAUGGGACCUACGAUGUGCUUUUCAUCGGGACAGACUCUGGUUUAGUGCUGAAGUCCAUCCACUUCCCCAAAGAGCACGGCCCGGGUCAGGAGGUCACUCUCGAGCAGAUGCAGGUUUUCCCGCACAAGUCUCCAGUGACAGCCAUGACACUCUCCAAGAAGAAGCAGUGGUUGUAUGUUGGCUCCAGAGAAGGUGUCUCACAGCUGUCCCUGUACCACUGCGAGAUGUACGGUCAGGCCUGCGCUGAGUGCUGCUUGGCUCGGGACCCCUACUGCACCUGGGACGGUCACGCCUGCAGCCCCUACAUGCCCACUGUCAGGAGGAGAAACGCUCGUCAUUUGGGAGAGGAGGAGGACCCACUCACCCAGUGCGUCAGACAAGGAGCGGGUCUGCAGGUGGAGGCGGAGCAGAGGGUCAUGAUGGUGGCUGAGGGGAACAGCACGUACCUGGAGUGUCUGCCACGGUCCAGACAGGCUUCAGUCACAUGGUACAAACAGGCCGGCGAGAACAGCCCCGAGCUCAACCAGGUGUCGUCUGGUGACCAGAUGCUGGUCUUCGAUCGUGGAGUCCUGAUCCGGCGUGCUGAGCUGUCCCAUGGGGGGGUCUACCACUGCCAGGUGGAGGAGCACGGAUACCACUGGACGGCCGUCACGGUUCGUCUUGCCGUCUGGAGUCCCUCGGCCAAUCGCAUCCGAGCUUCCCUGUCCUCUUCGGCCUAUCAGAGCACGGGGCCCUGGUACGAUGACGUCAUGGCGCUGGUCCACCCGGGUAACAUCGCGCAGCACUGCAAGGCGCUCGGGUUCCGGCCCCCCAAAGGACACCGGAGGCACAGCGCGGGCUUCCUUCGGGAGAAGAGCCAGUACAGGGGAGGCCAGAGAGCGGCCGGCAGGAAGAGCCGGAGUAAGCCACAGCUCCGAGCCCCCAGGAGCACCUGA